GCCUGAUACCUACUGUUAUUUACAAACCUGUACUUGUUGCAAGCAUCUUGUUCUAUUGCUUAUUCUCCCUUUCUUUCAUCACCAGGGGACCCAAAUUUGUUUUUCUUUUUUCUUCUCAAGGGAAUGCGCUUCUAUUAUACCUGAAAAGCAGCUGCCUGUUCUACGGUUUAAUUGGGCCAGAUUCACUUUCUAGCCAUUCACAUUAGCUUUCCUCCAGUCAAUUAUUUUUAUCCUGGAUUACUCCACUUUUUCUAUACCGAAUUAAAUGCUGAUUAAAUGAACCCAGCUGGCUAAAUUUAGCAAACAUCGUGCAAAGCAGUGGUGAGCCUGAUUUAAUGGCACGGCUCAAUAGGAUUCAGUACAGUUAUCCACUAAAUAUUAGGGAACUCAUCCCUGCAAAUAUCCAUUGCAAGUAUAAUGUGCACAUUAAUUCAAUCAGAAAAUGCUUACUGGGAAGAAAAGCAGAGAUAGCAUUUCGGGUUAAUAACUUUUAAUCAGAACUCAUUCCCUCUUGGACAUAAAGUGCUGGAGUAAUUCAGCAGGACAGUCAGCAUCUCUGGAGAACGUGGAUAGGUGACGUUUCGGGUCCGAAACAUCACCAAUCCAUGUUCUCCACAUAUGCUGCCAGACCUGCUGAGUUACUCCACCACUUUGUGUCCCUUUGUGCAUUAACCAGCAUCAGCAGUUCCUUGUUUCCUAAUUUCCUUGUGGAUACCUGUUGCAAUGUUUUUUUCCCCUUAUAUUUUAACAUAAUCAUUAGAAACUGUUAGCUUUUACUUACAGCACCCAUUUGCAGAAUCCUCCUAAGAUAGACACAAAAUGCUGGAGGAACUAACUCAGUGGGACAGGCAGCAUCUCUGGAGAGAAGGGAUGGGUGACGUUUCGGGUCGAGGCCCUUCUUCAGACUGAGUCAGGGUCUGAGUCUACAGAUACGUGGAAGGGUAUAGUUUGAUAACGACAGAUCAAAGCUGAAUCCUCCUGAUAAUUUGUCCAAAAAUCCGGUGAACAGAUAACAUUGUGAGUACAAUUAUUCUGCAAAACCUGCCCUGUAGCGGUCGCAGCAGGAAGCAAGUCACGUGUAAAGGCACAUCUGUUUAAUCCAAAGGGAAAGAACGAUACACAUACAUACAAAUUGACGGGUAAACAGCGGGAGGGACGAGGAAGCAUGAAUUUUGCUCUGAUCGCGAUUACUGUACUAGGUUUAGCUUCAGCAAAUGAAGUCGAAACCAACAACAUUAUUUCCACACUGGAGAAGACAGUUCACUUCUUUGAAAUUAAUCAUGAACAAUUUAAUCUCGACGGGACGACAGGGUUUUGUAUAUUACGAGCGCUGCUGAAGGACACGUUGACUCGAUGGUCUCCCUCAGGCCCUGGCGCCAUCUCCCAACAAACAAAGCUGCAGGAUCUCGUCGUAAAAACCGACGUCGCAGUAAGAAAAAGCACGAAAGAAAUAAUACUGCGAGAGCCUUCAUAUUUUGAAGGUAAAUUUAUAAAGAUUGUACACAAAUCCAACUGCAUUUUCGGGCCUACUUUCCAUUGCAGCCUGAUGAAGCCUCACUCGCCACGAGGCGGGAGUUCUGUCAUUGAAAGUUUUGUUCAUUCUUUAAAAUCAAGGAAGGAUUAUAGAGUGCCUUGCCUGGAUACAGCCAAAUGUAGAAAAAUGAUGACCACAGUAAAUUGCGCCGAUUACUCCUUAUCACAUCAGUUACUGUACUUAAUUAUUGCUGAGAUUAAAGAUUGCACAGAUAUUGUAAAAUUAGGAAAGGCAGUCAGCAUUCAGCAUCUUAAGAAAGUAUACUGCACCAACAUGAUGAAAAUAAACUUGGAAAUUGAAGAUGAAGACUUUCCAUUACAUCGGCGUGACUUAUUUAUGGAAAACAUAAUGCUUUGUGGGAUGAUUGGAUAUUCCGAUUUCAUCAAGACCCAGUGGCUUGAAGCUAUUCUAUCAUGGCAGAACCCCACUGGUUGCUAUCUGAGGAUUGAUUUAGGCAGGUCCGUGCAGCCAACAGAGAAGGAACGAAAUGCAUUCACAAAACACAAGAGAGUGAAGAGAAGAGAUAGACUAAUGAGUGAUAAUUGUACAAGUCAUCUGACUGGUAUUGCUGCAGGAGCUCUGGGCGUUUUCCUUCGCUUUUAUGGCAUAAGCCAGAAUGUCAGAGAACCACAGAAUAUUUAACACCAAGCCACAGCUUUUCAAUGUGAUCAUGCUGAAUUAGUAAUAGCCAUUUAUGUAUUCUACAAUUAGUUUUGUGCCUCAUCCUGGUUCCCAUGACUUAAGUUGUUUUUUGAUGAAAAUUUGUACGAUUAGCUCAAGGCGACGGUGGAAAAGUGAUAAAGUGUAAGAUGUUCAGAAUAAUUAUGUUCAGGCAGCAGUAGAAUUUGUAGGAAAGAACUGCAGAUGCUGGUUUAAAUCGAAAGUAGACACAAAAUGCUGGGGUAACUCGGCAGGACAGGCAGCAUCAAUGGACAUAAGGAAUGGGUGACGUUUCAGUUGAGAUCCUUAGAAGAGAUGCUGCCUGUCCCGCUGAGUUACUCCAGCAUCUUGUGUCUACCAGCAGUAGAAUUUGCUGUUUUCAAGAGGCGUGGUCCAAAUUGAGACCAUGUGGGUUUCUUCUGGGUGCUCUGGUUUCUUCCUCCUCUCCAAAGGCAGGUUUUGUAGGUCAAUUAACUAAAUAGCAUAGUUGGGUGGUAGGAGAAUCAGAGCGGAGUUGAUGGGGAGAGAGGGUAAGUUACAGGGAUGUGUUACAGGGAAAUCUUAUAUUAGAUUUCCUGAAUUUACAGUUUUUUUCCUUUUCAAUGUCAGAUAAAGUUAUUUCUCAUCAUAAUGCAUUUGUUAUUCCAUAGUUUAGGGAUUUUAUCUCCCCCCGUUGUUUAUUUUAAUCACUUUCUUCUUCAUAUUUUCUUGGAGAAUUUUAUGGAAAUGACACAUUCUUACCAGUCAGAGGACUUUGUCUUGG